AGUUUUGUUUUUGUCCCUUAAUCCAACUCUGCCUUCUCUCUACAAAACCCAACCGACUAGUUUUCCUUCUCCUCCCCCUCUCUUGCCAGAUCUAGAUCGUUUUCCGAUCUGGAUCUCUGGUUUGAGAGUUGGGGGAGCAACUAAUCUUCAAUUUUCCUUCUUCUAGAGGGUUUUUGUAUCUCUCUUUCGGUUUUUUUUUCUCGUUUUCUUUCCGUCUACCUUCUUGGGUAGUUUUGCUCGGAGCUCUUCUCCGUUUCUUGGUAGAUUUGGUUCGAUGUGGUGAAUGUGAUGUUUGCAUUAACCUCUGGAAAUCUGAUGGUUGGAACAUUGAAUUAGAUAUGGGUCCUUCCUUUGCACUUUCAAUUUUGUCGGAUUUGAUUGAUCAGCUACUCUGCAGUGGUGCGGAGGUCUCAUUCUUCUUGUCGGCUGUUGCAGAUCGUACUGUUCUCAAGUUGUUUCGCUUUGUUGUUUGUUUGGUGCUUUUUGGUCCUUCUUGUUGGUUUUCUUGGCAAAAAAAAAAAAAAAACAGUUGAUGAACAUCGAUUUUCAAAGUCACAGUGAGUGGGAAAUCAUGACUAGAUGACUUUGCGGAUGAGUCUUUUUCGCUAAAGAACUACAUGCUUGCAUAUGAACGCAGAUAAACCAAUCCCUGGUGUUGAUGAAUGGGAGGUUGUUGAGAGGCCCAUUUUACCUCCAAGGUACACUAGAGGACCUGGAAGGCCUAAGCUAUUAAGAAACAAGGAACCAGGUGAGCAAGCACCACCUCCUGGAACAACCAAGUUGUCAAGAAGUUACCAUCAGUCCAUUACUUGUUCAGUUUGUAAAAAAGAUGGCCAUAAUAAGAGGACUUGUUCAAGGAGACAGCAACAAGGCAAUGAUUCCCAAGCUGGGGUUCAACCAUCAGAAACUGAUGUUCAGAGUGUCCAUGUGGAGCAAGCUGAAAAUGUUCAAAGUGAUGUGCAAGUUGAAAGUGAUAUGCAUUAUGGAUCAGUGCAGCAAACUGCAAAUGUACCAACACCCUCAAUUGUUGCAAGCGCUUCAUCUCAACCGAUGAUCUCAUCACCACCUCUACCUCAGUCUUCUUUGCAGCCCACUGUUAUCGGAUCAUCUCAUACGUCCAGGACAUUUGUAUGUCCUAAGACAGGGAAGCCAUUCAAGACCAAGUCAAUAGCACAUAAGCCUAAGCCUAAACUUGUGAUAGGAACAAGCACUAAAGCAUGAGCCCAACAAGGACCAAAGGAGGGUUCCAACAAGAAAAGUUGGAAGCCGUGAACUUAACUUCUAUUUUGGACUUGUCUUGUAGUUUUUUUGUCAGUUGAAGCUGGUCUUACCAACAAUGCAGCUAGAAUUAUGAUUUUGUAACCCAAACUGUUAGCAUGUACUGAAUGUCAUUUUGAUACAGCUUCAAAAAUUAGACUGAAAUUGCCAGGUUCAAUCCAUGUUCGUUUUAAUA